AUGACUUUAACGGGAGAAUCCACCACCUGGUCAAUCACUAACACUAUUAAACCAGCAAGAUAUUUAAUAGUUGGUUUCAAGAACUUACCAGAUUCUCAAACGAAUAACAAUAAUGUCUUCAGAGUGGCAAUGAACCAAACUCAAGAUCCUUUAAUCCAUAAAGUUCAAGUAAGAUUAAACAUCGAUAAUUAUCCUAACCAAUCUUUAACAAUUAAUCCAACCACAAAGGAUUAUAAUGAAUUGUAUAGAAACUAUAAAAAUAUGUGUGAAUUAUUUGGAAAUCCACCUGAGUUUGAAUAUGUAGAUUUUGCACUUAAUCAUCCAAUCUUCUGUUUUGAUCUAUCAGCUCACCAAGAAGAUCUUUGCAAAACAGGAGUCAACUUAAAUAUUCAUAUUGAAAAAACACAAGUAGAUUUAACAGGUUAUUGUUUAUUAUUGGAAGAAGCAAAACAUUUAAUUAAAAUAGCAGAUAGAAGAAUGAUAAGAAUUGAAGACGAUAUAGACUUAGAAAAAAAUGAUGCGAACGCAAAAGAAGGUGGAUUUUUACCUUUCCUUCUACCUUUAAUAUUUGGUGGUAUUCCAGCGGCUACUGGAAUAGCAAAAGACGUCAACUCAAAUAAAGCAGCUGCAGUAACAGCAGCUGAAAAACGCAGACAUAAUUUAGCAAUUGAAAAGGAGGCACGAGGUUCAGGAGUGGGAGAAAUGAUCGGCACAAUGAAAGAAUUUGGAAAAAGAUUUGGGGAGGAAACCAAGAAACAAGGAUUAAAUAAAUUAGUAGAUUUACACGGGAGAAGUCAAAGUCAAACAUAA